AUGGAUGUAUCCAAAUUGAAGGCCAUGCAUUCAGGAUAUCAUGGACUAAUUACAAGACUUUUGAGAAUUUCUGAGAAUGAAGAUGAAAAUGGGAAAGCUGAAAUGAUCAAGGUACUGGAGGAGAAGUGUGGAGGAAGAAUACACAAUGCACCACUGAUGGAGAAAACAAAAUUUCCAUACAUUCUUCCUACAGAGCACCGAUUGACAUAUCUUAUUGUUGUUGAUACACACAAAUGCAUGUUCAUGCCAGUUGGAAUUCGACAAUUACCUUACUUCAUGAACAAUGCUGGAUACCAAGGAUUCGACAUCAUGUGGAAGGGAUUCUUAGAGGAUGUAUCAGCUGUAGAAAAAUCAUAUCAAGCUCCAGAACCCCCUCCAUUACCAAAGGACCGUCUACAGAUGAAACCCCCAUUUACUGUGAAAGGCAUUGAUUUUGCAGGUCCCCUUUAUGUCAAGGAUAAAUUGGGAGAAGAUUCUAAAGCAUACAUAUGCCUCUUUACCUGUGCCUCAUCUCGAGCUUUACACCUAGAGUUAGUACCAAACCUGACACAUAGUUCAUUUCUUCUUGCAUUCAGAAGAUUUAUUAGUAGGAGAUCACUGCCUAGUAUCAUGAUCUCAGAUAAUGCAACAACCUUUCAAUCUGCAUCAAAGGAAAUACCCAGAGCAUCACAUGCAGAAAAUGCCCUAGUCGAGCUCCAUGGUAUGGUGGAUGGUGGGAGAAAUUAA